AGCCAAUGGGAAAGAUGUUUGUUGUUCGGCAACAUGGCGUCGCUCAGUCUGUGAGUGGGGAUCUGUCGUAUGGGGAAGUAUUGUGAACUUGACUGAUUGCGGUUACUCCUUGCUGUGAUUUGUGCCCGACUUUCGGUGUAAGGGGAGCCGCGCUCGGCUGGAAAAUGUCCAGUGAAGGGGGAAAGAAGCAGUUCUGGAAGCGGAAUGUUUCCAAGGUCCCAGGCAGUAUACAACAUGUAUAUGGAGCUCAACAUCCACCAUAUGAUCCUCUGUUACAUGCAAACUUGCUCAAAGCAAAUUCAAAGCCACAAUCUCUAUCACUAAGGACAAAGAAGAUUACGACUUUCCAAGAGUUUGAGAGUAUUACAAGUGAUGCUUGGGAUGUUGGUGAUGAUGAUGAUGAACUCUUAGCAAUGGCUGCUCAGAAUCUGAACACAGAUGUUGUAAUGGAAACGGCGAAUAAAGUACUUCAGAUUCAUAGUAAACUGCAAGAACAGAAGCAGCAGGACAACCAACUAGAGACAUUACCUGCUCGAUUAGACCAUUUGGAACAAGCAGACAAUAAAACUGACAGAGUAAAGCCUACCAGUGCAGUUGAACUUAAUAUAUCAGCUUUCGAUAAUUUUGAGAAGACUCCUCUUCAGAGGCAGCAGUUUGUUCCUCCUCGAUCAACAAUUCCAUUGGUAGCAAGAAUAACAGACCAUAAUACCUCUGCUUCUUUGAUGACAGAAAGAGAAAUGUUUCGACUAGAGAAAUUCAGGCAGCUUUUGGCAGGUCCAAACACUGACUUAGAAGAGUUGAGGAAGUGCAGCUGGUCUGGAAUCCCAAGACAGGUCCGACCAAUUACGUGGAAACUUCUUUCAGGUUACUUACCUGCAAAUGCAGAAAGGAGAGAAAGCACAUUACAGCGGAAGCGAGCGGAGUACUUUGCUUUUAUCGAACAAUAUUACGACUCUAGAAAUGAUGAGCACCAUCAAGAUACUUAUAGACAGAUUGCCAUAGAUAUUCCUCGUAUGACUCCUGAGAGUUUAAUACUACAACCAAAAGUAAGAGAGAUUCAUAUUGAUAUUCCAAGAACUAAUCCUCUUAUUCCUCUCUUUCAACAAGCUUCUGUGCAAAAGAUCUUUGAACGCAUUCUUUUCAUAUGGGCGAUAAGGCAUCCUGCCAGUGGAUAUGUUCAAGGGAUAAAUGACCUUGUCACACCUUUCUUUGUAGUCUUCGUUUUUGAAUAUAUUGAAGGAGAGGUGGAAAAUUUUGAUGUUUCCAGUCUGCCUGAUGAAGUGCUGCAAAACAUUGAAGCUGAUAGUUUCUGGUGCAUGAGCAAAUUACUUGACGGCAUUCAGGACAACUACACUUUUGCACAACCAGGGAUUCAGAGGAAAGUCAAAGCAUUGCAGGAACUCGUUAGUCGGAUCGAUGAACAAGUACAUAAACACUUGCAACGAUCAGAAGUUGAAUACCUGCAGUUUGCUUUUCGAUGGAUGAAUAACCUACUGAUGAGAGAACUUCCCUUACGAUGUACCAUUAGGUUAUGGGACACAUACCAGUCUGAACCAGAAGGAUUCUCACAUUUCCACUUGUAUGUUUGUGCUGCCUUCCUUGUCAAAUGGAGAAAAGAAAUAUUGGAAGAAAAAGACUUUCAGGGACUGAUGAUUCUUCUGCAGAAUUUACCCACAAUGCACUGGGGGAACGAGGAAAUCAGUGUUCUUCUCGCAGAGGCUUACAGACUCAAAUAUGCAUUUGCAGAUGCACCAAAUCACUACAAACGAUGAGACCAAAUAAGAGAAAAGAAAUUUAAAUAUGAAAGCUCUAAUUUUUCAUCUGUGUCUCAGUUCUUUGUUGUAACCUUAACCCCAUUCAUCUGGACUUGGCAUAUUGUAUUUAAUGCUGUAAUUGAGUUAUUUUGCUGAUUUAGAAACAAAAAACAACAAGUAUCAAUUUUAUGUAAAUUUUUCACAGCGAUUGUAUCAAACUGCAGGCAAGCUGCCAUCGCUAAUGGGUAAGCUAACGAUGAAGAAAUAGUCAAGUUCCUUUGCUUAAGAAUGGGAUAUUUUGAAUAUAAUGGUAUCUGAGUCUUUCUGAAUACCCUUCUGAGGAUUGGCUUUAUUUUUAUCUGCCCCUUCUUAUUUUUAGUCAAGGUGCUUGGGAGCACAAGAUUCUGCCUUAACUCAGGCCAUAGCAAAUAUAAUUGUGCCACGCAAUAUAGGGAAUUGAUAAAGUCUUUUGGGCUGUCAAUUCAAGGAAAGAGCCCAUUUACAGAGUAUUGUCAUCGCACUCUUCAAAAUAGCUUACUUGAAUCCAGAAAAGACAGCUAACUUUAAGCAGUAAGAUUAUAAAAUCACUGUUAAUUUCCUAUGGUCAUUUACAGAAGUUGAAAUAGUGCCUGACAUUAAUGAAAUGUACCCAUAAAUGAACUAUUUAUGACCUCUCUAUUAAAAUCUGCUAUUGCUAAAUAUCUGAAAUAUUUGUCUUCAUGUAAAAUGUUGCUUUAAGAUCAAUUAUGUAAUAUUUCUUGUAUAGACUGGUUUAAGAUUGAAAAUUAAUUAGUUUUCUAAUGGAUUGUUUCUUUCCAGUUACAGUGAUGUCCAAUCAUUCAACUGUAAUAUACCAAAGACACUAUCAUAGCACUUAUUAUCUGUGGCUGUCUCACAUACAGGAAUUGUAGAACACAGUCUUUGUAAUGCCAUGGUCUUCCUUUUUCCUUCCCCCAGGGACAACAUCAGAAAAGCCUGAAGGUCUGCUUUCUGCUAAGAUGAUUCAGAUUCUUAACCAUUGCAGUAAAACAUUCACAGUGCAAUUUGGGAAUUGUGCAGUGCCGAGGCUGUUUGUGAUUAUGCUACUUACAUUAUUGUAAAUACAACUGUGAUCUGUAACUGAAAUAAAUGACAAGAUAAAAUCUUUGGUGUUUAAAAA